UACUGUUCUGCACACAAACUGACCUAAAAAACUAAUUUAGAAUAAGGAGUUUGUUGGCAUCUUUAUUUUUCCCCUUUCCUUUUGGUCCAUCGAGAAGCAACGGAAAAUGGCUGAAAAGUUUGUUGGAACUUGGAAAAUGAUUUCCAGCGAGAACUUUGACGACUACAUGAAGGCAAUUGGUGUAGGAUUUGCAACUCGGCAGGUGGGAAACCGCACCAAACCCAACCUCGUGGUGAGCAUCGAGGACCAGGGCACCAUCUCCAUGAAGUCCCAGAGCACCUUCAAAACCACCGAGGUCAAGUUCAAGCUCAACGAGCCCUUCGAGGAGACCACCGCGGACGACAGGAAGACCACGACCGUGAUCACGCUGGACAACGGCAAGCUUGUGCAGAAACAGAGCUGGGACGGGAAGGAGACGAGUAUUGAGAGGGAGAUCUCUGAUGGAAAAUUGAUAGCGAAAUGCAUUAUGGGAGAUGUGGUGGCGGUGAGGACGUAUGUCAAGGAGGCAUGAAGACACUCACUCUGACUGGAGGAUGACGGGCUCAGUUCAAUGAGCGAGAUGCCAAACUGAGGAAUGUUUUACUCUGAAAGUAUUCCUUUGUUACCAAAGUCAGGAUUUUGUGCCUCUGUUAAACAUGUCCUGUUCAGCUGCACUUGAAAUUAUUGUGAAUAAAAAGCAUGAUUUUUCUCUCUGGAAAAA